UGGGAAGCGAGAGUCUCCGGGAAAAAGGCUUAGAGGACGUGGGGGACGUGCUGGAAAGGGAUCCCUUUUUUUUUUUUUGAGGGGUGGAGGGGUUGGUGGACGGCCGGAGGGCCCUCCUCCCCUUCCUGCUGAGAGAGAAAGAGAGAAGGAGGCGACCGCCCGCCCGCCAGCCAGCCGGCGAGCCUCCUUUGCCAGCCCCUUGCCUGGCCAUCUCUCCCGGGCUCAGCCAAUGGCAGCGUAGGAAGGGGGCAGGUUUUCCACUUAGUCACUCUCGCGUGGAGGAAAGGCAGGAGAAAAGGAGCAUCCUUUUUUUAAAAAAAAAAAUUAUUAUUAUUAUUAUUAUUUUUAAUCCCCCCGGCGGGGUUGAGGUUUUUUUUUUUCUUUCCCCGCGCCCCCUUUUCCUUCUCGGGGUCGGAGAGCCGGGAAAGCGGCGCGCCUCCUUUUUUCUCCAUCCUCCAUCCGGCCCAGCUUUUCUUUUUUCUUUUUUGGGGAGGUUGCCCUUCCUUCUCUCGGGGCUGCUGUCCGGCCGCCCCUUCCACCCUCCGGUUGCAGGAUGAUCGCCGCUCAGCUGCUGGCCUAUUACUUCACCGAGUUAAAGGAUGACCAGGUCAAAAAGAUUGAUAAAUAUCUAUAUUCCAUGCGGCUGUCGGAUGAAACUUUGCUGGAUAUUAUGGGCCGCUUCAGGAGUGAAAUGAAGAAUGGCCUCUCUAGGGAUUUUAACCCAACGGCCAGUGUAAAGAUGCUGCCUACCUUCGUAAGAUCUAUUCCCGAUGGCUCAGAGAAAGGAGAUUUCAUUGCUCUGGAUCUUGGUGGCUCUUUCUUCCGAAUUUUGAGAGUAAAAGUCUCACAUGAGAAGAAGCAGAUGGUGCAAAUGGAAACGGAGAUAUAUGAAACGCCAGAAGAUAUUAUGCACGGCACUGGAACACGGCUUUUUGAUCACGUUGCUGAAUGUCUGGGAGACUUUAUGGAGAAACAAGAAAUUAAGGACAAGAAAUUACCUGUUGGGUUCACAUUUUCAUUUCCAUGUAGGCAAACUAAACUAGAUGAGGGUAUUCUGAUUACAUGGACAAAACGUUUCAAAGCAAGUGGUGUUGAAGGAGCCGAUGUAGUGAAUCUCUUAAACAAAGCCAUCAAGAAACGCGGGGAUUAUGAUGCGGAUAUCAUGGCAGUGGUUAAUGACACUGUUGGGACAAUGAUGACCUGCGGAUUUGAUGACCAGCGUUGCGAAGUUGGCUUAAUUAUCGGUACUGGCACAAAUGCCUGUUACAUGGAGGAAAUGAGGCACAUUGAUCUGGUGGAAGGUGACGAAGGCCGCAUGUGCAUCAACACAGAAUGGGGUGCAUUUGGAGAUGAUGGUUUAUUAGAAGACAUCCGGACUGAAUUUGAUAGAGAGAUUGACCGGGGUUCCCUUAAUCCUGGGAAGCAACUAUUUGAGAAGAUGGUCAGUGGAAUGUAUAUGGGUGAACUUGUCAGGCUUAUCCUUGUCAAAAUGGCCAAAGAAGGCCUCCUUUUUGAGGGGCGAAUCACUCCUGAACUUUUGACCAAAGGGAAAUUGGAAACUAAGGAUGUUUCUGCCAUAGAGAAGAGCAAGGAAGGUUUGCAUAAAGCCAAAGACAUACUGACACGUCUCGGCGUUGAGCCUUCCCAUGAAGACUGCAUUGCUGUCCAGCACGUUUGCACCAUUGUGUCGUUCCGCUCUGCGAACCUGGUGGCAAGUACUCUUGGUGCUAUCCUGAACCAGCUGCGGGACAAUAAAGGAGUUGGCCGGCUGCGCACCACGGUGGGGGUGGAUGGAUCCCUUUACAAGAUGCAUCCACAAUAUGCCAGGCGCCUGCACAAAACGAUGCGGCGCUUAGUGCCUGAUUCCGAUGUGCGUUUCUUGCUCUCUGAGAGUGGCAGCGGGAAGGGGGCGGCCUUCGUGACCGCAGUAGCUUAUCGGCUGGCAGAGCAGCACCGGUUGAUUGCAGAGACCCUGGCAGAAUUCAAGCUCACCAACGAACAGCUGCUUCAGGUGAAGAAGCGGAUGAGGAUCGAGAUAGAGGCCGGCCUCAAGAGGAAGUCACAUGACCAUGCCAAGGUCAAGAUGCUGCCCACCUUUGUCCGCAGCACCCCUGAUGGGACAGAGAAUGGAGACUUCCUGGCUCUGGAUCUCGGUGGGACAAAUUUCCGUGUUUUGCUGGUAAAGAUCCGAAGUGGUAAAAGAAGGAUGGUGGAAAUGCACAAUAAAAUAUAUUCAAUCCCUGUAGAGGUUAUGCAGGGGACGGGAGAAGAGCUGUUCGAUCACAUCGUCACCUGCAUUUCAGACUUCUUGGAUUACAUGGGAAUAAAAGGAGCUCGCCUCCCUCUGGGCUUUACGUUUUCUUUUCCCUGCAAACAGACCAGCCUAGAUUGUGGUAUCCUUUUGACUUGGACCAAGGGUUUUAAGGCUACUGACUGCGAAGGAGAGGAUGUUGUUAAUUUGCUAAGAGAUGGAAUUAAAAGAAGAGAGGAAUUUGAACUGGAUGUUGUGGCUGUCGUAAAUGAUACAGUUGGAACUAUGAUGACUUGUGCCUAUGAAGAUCCGAAUUGUGAAAUAGGACUCAUUGUGGGAACCGGGAGCAAUGCUUGUUACAUGGAGGAAGCCAGAAAUAUUGAAAUGGUGGAAGGAGACCAGGGCAGGAUGUGUGUAAACAUGGAAUGGGGUGCCUUUGGGGACAACGGAUGCCUAGAUGACAUCAGGACGAUCUAUGACAAAGCUGUGGAUGAGUUUUCGUUAAAUAGUGGCAAGCAAAGGUAUGAGAAGAUGAUCAGUGGAAUGUAUUUAGGGGAAAUUGUCCGUAACAUUUUGAUUGACUUCACAAAACGAGGAUUCCUCUUCAGAGGUCAAAUUUCAGAAACAUUGAAAACGAGGGGCAUUUUUGAAACCAAGUUUCUUUCCCAAAUUGAGAGCGAUAGGUUAGCGUUGCUUCAGGUCCGUACCAUCCUCCAGCAGCUUGGCCUGAACAGCACUUGCGACGACAGUAUAAUUGUGAAGACAGUAUGUGGAGCUGUGUCGCGGAGGGCAGCUCAGCUGUGUGGCGCUGGAAUGGCUGCUGUUGUAGAUAAAAUAAGGGAGAACAGAGGCUUGGAGCAUCUGGAUAUAACUGUGGGCGUAGAUGGCACACUAUACAAACUUCAUCCACACUUUUCAAAGGUCAUGCACCAAACGGUAAAGGACCUGGCGCCCAAAUGCGACGUGACAUUCCUGCUUUCGGAAGACGGCAGCGGCAAAGGAGCCGCCCUCAUCACCGCGGUGGGAUGCCGACUGCGUGAUGCUGAGCACAACUGAACUCUUGCUCCCUGGGCUGCUUAUGACUUCCAAGCACUUUCUUGACAAGCAGCGGUUCUGUAGCCUGAACUGGCGGGGAAGAGCCCAGAAUUCACUGCUUGUGGUGGAAGAGUUGGGGUUUAAGGAGAAAAAAAAAAAAAGUAAAAUAAAAAUAGAAUGCUGAUUAAGUAUGCUGUUGCUGAUAAUAUCUUCCACUUUGGGUCCUUUUGUCUGCAUGUGUCUUUUUCUGCCCUAUUUAGUACAUUCCCCAUCUGUAGAUCAUGAAAAAAAAAAGGGGGUGAUUUAAACGAAUGUCAGAAACUAAUUUAUGAUUUUGAGGUUCUAAAAUUACAGCCAAAAAAUUGACGUGAGCGAGAGAGCAGGUGGUGGUACCAUGUCAAGUGUAUUCUUUGCAGCUGCUACUAUGUCCACAUUAAAUAAAUAUACCACCAACAGUGCUGACUUAUGAGGCAAAUGCUUAUGCAAAGGGAAUUUAGCAAUUCCCAUCUGAACUUUUCACCCUGUAUUGUUUUAUUCCCUCAUCUUGAAGUUUCCACCGCAGUCUGAUAGCAUCUGAAUCUUCUGGACUUUAGACUUCCCUUAAUGAUCUGAAUUUUCUUCUGUUUGCACUGAACCAAGGGAUGCGCAGAUCAACUGCAUCAUUUCUUUUGGCUUUGAUAAUCAAUGUCAAAAUCUCAAGUACCAUUUCAAAAGGCAAGUCUUUACUAAUAAAAUCAAAUGCCCUAAGGUGAUCCAGAUCUCCAGUUUUGAGAAACCCUUUUUGCCUUUAUAGCUUUGCUAUUUUCCAGGUUUCUCCCUCCCCUCCCCCCUUUAAUAAAAAAGUUGGGAAUUCCCUUGUGAUUUUAUGUCCUGCUGAAAGCCAUUUCCAAUUUACUAAGGUCUUGAAUUCUGGGAGAAACCUGAGAGCUAGCAUGGGAGAAUAUAACAUGUUGUGGGCAGAGACCUGAGUUUCAGUCGGAUCCAUAUCACAGAUGCACAGCCAGAAGAAGCAGAUCGGUGUAAGGCUACGGCAGUGAUGGCUAACCUUUUUGCUGUCGCGUGCCAAAAGCGGGGGGAGCACAGGGAGUGUGUGCGCGCGUGCCUACACCCAUAAUUCAUUGUGCCCCACCCCUGUGCAUGUGCGCAUGACCCCCCCCUGCGCUCCCCCCUUGCUUUGACAUGCGAUGGCCCGGUAGGCCUGUUUUUCGCCCUCUGGGGGGGGGGAGGCCGUUUUCACUCUCCCCAGGCUCCUAGAAAGUCUCUGGAGGCUGGAAACAACCUGUUUUCUGACUUCUGGUGGGCCCAGAAGGCUCGAAAAUCAGCUGGCUGGCGCAUGCAUGGGCGCUGGAGCUCAGUUAAGGCAACGCUCGCGUGCCCACCAAUAUGGCUCUGUGUGCCACCUGUGGCACGCGCGCCAUAGGUUCCCAAUCAUGGGAAGCUAUAGGCAUCUGCAGAACAGUAGCCCCAUCUUUUUUUCAUGUAUUGUAUGUUGAGGUAGGACUUUGAUUGUGUAGUGCUGGCUUAUCAUUUUCACUUUUUAAAAACAAAAUCCCACUCCUGCCUUUCCUCUAGAGUAAAGCAGUAUUUUUCAACCUCAGUAGCUUUAAAUUGUGGGGACUUCAGCUCUUUGGUUGGCUGAGGAAUUCUGGGAGUUGAAGGUCCACACACCUUAAAGUUGCCAGGUUGAGAAGUAUUCCUCUAUAGACGAGUGUCAAAUUCGCGGCUUGCGGGCUGGAUGCGUCACAUGCUGGCUCCGCCCCUGCCCGGUUUAGGGAAGCGGACAAAAGUCCCGAUACGUCAUGUGACGAUGCCGUGAAGACGUGAGUUUGACACCCCUGCUCUAGACUGAAGAUACCAGUGACUACAGAUCUGAUGACCAUUUUGAUUUUCUCUUACAGCCUAGGGUGUCUGAUUCAUUAAUUCUAAAAUUGGCAGGAAACUGAAUAGGUAUGAAUGGCUUCCUACUUCGGAUGCUUCUGUAGGAAUAAUUUACGCAAUUGCAAAACAUUAAAAUAGUCUUGACUUUGCUACAGCCAAAGAAUCAGAGGGGAAAAUGUCAUACACUCUACCUUCUAUGAUGAUUACAGUAGAAUUCCUAGUGAAAUGAUUUUUAUGGAGUUGAAUUGCACCAAUUAUACUUCUGAAAAUGCACACUUGGAGAUAGUUAGGCAUGUGGGCAAUUAGUACUCUUUUAACAAUUCUAGGAGCAUUAUCUUUCAAGGCCUGGUUUAUUCCGUGGUUGGAUUUGAUGGUGCGCUUUACCAAGAUACUUGAAAAAUAUUGUUACAGGUAGCACCAAAGAAGAUAAUGUGCAAACAAACCACGGGUAUCUCAGUUACAAGAUAUCUCAGUUUGAUCUAAACUUGAAAUUUAAACUAGCACAUGAUUAUAGACACUGAACUCUGUUCUCUUGUUAGUAAUUACCCCAAGUAGCAAAGGGGUCAGCUGGUCUUUUUAAAGACUCUCCAGCUAUCUCCAUUCCAAUAAGAAAUUCUAUUGAUCGCAUCAUUGGCAACAAAAAACAGCAACAAGAAAAAAAAAGAAAACCAAGUUUAGCGGAUUACUUUAAAUCUCAAGAUUCGGAUUGCUUAUCUCUUAAUAAGCAUUUUCAGUACACAUUUUGGUGCAUUGUGAUCGAAUGUUGUGGUAAAAUGAGUCUCGCCCAGUAUUUUGCAGCUUUCAGUGUGUGUGCGUGUGUACGUCUUCCUGAAGGAUCGCAUGAUUCCCGUGGUUUUCCUAUGCUGGAAAGUCUUUUUAUAUUGCCUACUGGUAGUGAUGAUACUACAUAGUGCAAAGUGGAUAUUUGUGACAUAAUUAAACUUUAUUUUGAAGUGUG